UCGCGAGUCGGCCAACGAGCCGAAGCACUCGAGGAAAGUCUCGCCAGUGUCGGCCGAGCCUUCAUCGGAAUCGUUUCUCAUUCGACGCGCUUAAAUUUUGUGUCUUUCGUUCACCGAGAGUUUGAGUACAUUCGUGAAUAAAUAAAAAUACGAAUAGAGUCGAGUUUUUUGUGUCUGUGCGAAUGUAUUCGAGGGAUCGAUGGUGCGGGCAACGAAAGAGAGAUAAAAUAACAGGAAACUAGGAAAUUCUGGAGAAUUAUUCGGGACGAAAUACUCAACUUCCGGCUCGAGGCUCCGAACCUCGAGACAUGCCGGUCGUGACUGACUCUCGUUGUAAAUUCAUCAUUCGUGCUCGAUGACAAAGGCCGAUUCGCGAAACGCGAGUGUUGCGAAGACUCGAGCGAAUCGAUAGCAGUCGUUGAUCGACUGGACCUGGUCGAUCGCCGAUUUUGCCCUUUUCUCUCUCCCCGUCACGCUGGCUCGUUGCUGAGCAACGGCGCAGCGUGGGCGGAGAUCCAAAGGGACGAUAAUAAAUAUAUAAAUGCGUGUAUAUAUUUGAGGAAGUGAAAUAUGAAAAUGGCUGAAUCGAAGCCGCGAACGGACUGAUAUUUUGGUCGUUAAGAAAAAGGAAUCCCCGCAAGAUUUUGAGGAAGCAAGUGCCCAAGUAAGAUCACCGACCUAGGAACUCGAGCUCGGGAUCGUACGAAAUGGCAAGCGCGAUGUACAUGGCAGAGAGCAACGGCCAAGCGGGCGGUGCGGGCACCCCGAAAUUCGCCUCGACGAAUUCGAUCCCCGCGCUCGUCGAGGAAUCCUCGAUACUCGGGCGUUCCGGAAGUAUCGAAAUGAGCCCUGAAAUACUUCGAGAACCGAAAGCACGAAGAUACAGCGUCCUCGACGACCUGCGCGCCCGUCGCGACAGCCUCUUUCAACGCGCCCGACGAGCCAGUAUAUUCGAAGAGAAAGAAAACGGCGCUCGCUCGUCCGACAAAGAAAAAAGCAAAGAUAAACGUCGCGGCAGCGAGGGCAAUAGGAGAGGCUCCGUAUUUUACGUAUCGGAUGAUCUCCUCGAGGAAAAUACUGACCUUUCGGCCAACGAGAACAGUCCGAGGGAAACGGAGAUUGAAAUGGCCGCUAAAAAAGGACGCCGCAAGUCGUGGCAUCCGUUGGCAAAAGCGCCCAAAUUGGAUCGGAAGAGACGCAAGGGAGUCGCCGGCGGGGGCUCGGCCUCCGAGACCGGAAGCACCGAGGGCCUUUAUAAUUCACGACAAAAGAGACUCUCCUGGUGGAACAUUUUCGUGCCGGAUUCCGUUGGCAGGUCACGACGGAUGUCCCAACAAGAUGUUACGCAGACAAGAUCGACCGAGAAUCUCACGGCCUCUGGAUUCUUCAGGAGCAAAAGCCGCAGCGUCGAUCAUGGAUUCACGAUGCCCUACGACUUGGACUCGCUCCGAAGCAAGGUCGAGAGCCGCUUCGAAUCCGUCGACAAAUUAUCGAAAGAUUCGGACAGUGAGAGCAAAGAUGGAAGUGUCGCAAUGGAGAAAAAACACAGUCGCCUCUGUCAGCCGGAAAACACGAUUGCCUACACGGUCGGCGACAGAGACACUCUCAUUUCGGUGGCGGCGAGAUUCGACACUACGCCGUCCGAACUAACGAAACUAAACAGACUCGGAAGCACGUUUGUAUAUCCGGGCCAACAAUUGUGGGUGCCAACGAAAGGCGAGGCCCAUCCGGGCGCCGGGUCUGGACCUGCCGCACCGAGUCCGGAUCCGUGUCGCGACCAUCAUGAUACCCAAGACGACCUACCGGCCGAGGAGAGAGAUCUGUUGGACACAUUGCGGCCUGUAUCACCAAAACCAGGACACAUGGAACGUAUCAAGACUCCUCAAAAUUCCAGUGCAACCAUAGACGAGGAUGAGCCAGCUUAUAGGGAACGGUUUCUGAAAAUCAAUGUUCGUCAUAUUACGGAUGGACAGGGUGUUGUCGGUGGAGUCUUGUUGGUAACGCCAAACGCUGUAAUGUUCGAUCCUAAUGUUUCGGAUCCUCUGGUAAUCGAGCACGGUGCUGAAUCCUACGGUGUAAUAGCGCCUAUGGAAUUUGUCGUGAACGCCGCUAUUUAUUACGAUAUCGCUCAUAUGCGAGUCAGUCAUACAGAUGCGAGUAACGUCGACAAAAAACCCGAGAUCUAUUACAUGAAAAAACCAUCUGUUUCCGACAAGAGUUUGUCCCCUGGCAAGGAUGAACAUUUUCCUGAGCUUGUGGUCGAUGACAACGAGAGUGUUUGCAGUUGUGCUGAGCGCGAGGGUGAUGCUUUUCCAAAGGCCUUCGACAGGCAACUCGUUGCACCGAAUACUCUUCAAAACGACGAAGGUUCAGUCCCAACCAAAGAUAAAGAUAAGGACGACGACAACGAAAGCAGCGGAAAGGAGAGCAGCGGUGGAACUGGACAAGCGAACAGGACUCUUGAGGAACGUCGGCGUUCGAUGCUGGAUCACCACUGGGCCGUUCCUAGCAAAGAUCGGUUGUCCUUUUCGGUUGACGACGAGCAGCAAGAUUCUCUCAACUCGGACAAGGCGGAGUCAUCAAAGCCGAUCGCCAUCCCAGAGGACGAGGAAGGAUCUCUAGUCAAGCAGUCGUGCUACGACUCAGGUAUCGACAUUCGCGAACCCAACCCUCCACUUCCGGUAGUACAGCCAAUCCCGUCGAAGAAAGUAUAUUCGGACGCGGACAUAGUAUUGUCUUCAGAUUGGGUGCCGCCGAUAACGAUCGCACCGACAAACAUCACGACAACGGUGACAACGCUGGAGGCGACCCCGGCGAUCAACGGAAGAAAGAAGGCGUCUUCGGUAUCGUUCAGUUUAGAUAGUAAUGCUGAGGAGCCGGAAAAAGAUGACGAGCACAAGGACGAGGACAAGCAGGAAACCCGUAGGAAUAAGAUGCUUAAAAGACUAUCAUAUCCAUUGUCAUGGAUGGAAGGUUUAACCGGCGAAAAGGAGGACGAAAAUAAAUCAAUAUCUGAUAAAAAUACGAGCCUCCCCAACAGUGCGGAUAGCCAUCACUCCUCAGUUUUCAGUAAAGUUUUUUCAAGCUCGCCGAUCAACCUGGUGAGUGACUUUAGCUCGGGCCUCUUUGCCAAAACGCCGAGCGAAGAGAGUGCCGGUAGAGCCGGAGGAACUCCUCCGCUCACCGCGUCCACUCUCUCUCAGGAUAUCGGCAAUCCCCAGUUUUCUCCGGGCCCAGGAGGUCUCAUCGGACGCUCGUCAGUCGGUACAUUCAUUCGACAACAGCCUUUAACAUCUUCGGGCAGCAGCAGCGUUGACAGCAGCAGAGGAAGCAACAAAAUUUCAGCGGCACCCCCGAGACUUGAUUAUCGCAGCAUGGUAUCGGUCGAUGACAUGCCUGAACUUUUCGUCAGUUUUGACAUCCAAGCACCUAAUUUUCCCGAACUUGAAGGCCUCGAAUUGAUCCCACGGCCUGCACGAUCUUGCGAGGAUCCCCCGUUGUAUCUGAGACUACGAACUGGCAGACCCAAGGACAAAAAGAUACCUCGUUCGACACCGAUCAUGAGCUACGGAAAGAAGAAACUUCGACCCGAGUAUUGGUUCAGCGUUCCGCGUGACAGAGUGGACGAUUUGUACAGAUUUAUCCACGCUUGGGUGCCCAGCCUCUACGGCGAGUUGGACGAGGAUUAUUGGAGAGAAAAGGGCUACAUUUUAUCGGAUACAGACACAGAUUUGUCGCCGGAACUAUCGCCUCAAGAGUCUGGCGAAGCGGGCGAAACAACCGACGAGGGAAAAGGGAACAGCGGUGAAAUCACCGAGCUCACCCGAGAAUCAUGGGAGCUGAUCAAGGCCCCGUACGUAAAGCUCUACAGCAUUCUGAAGACCUCGAGCGCAUCGGCCGAUUCCGAGCAGAUCCAGGACCCCGAGGUACUGUCUAUGAGCGAGGAGCUCAGGCGAGCACUAUACGCAAACAGUGCGAUAUCACUCGACGUCGAUAUUAUUCCUCCCGAUCUCGUUGGCACCACAGAAAUACUCAGCGAUGAACACAGAGAACAUCUUUGUCGUCACUUACCCGCGAGAGCAGAAGGAUAUCUGUGGACUCUUGUAUUCAGCACAAGCCAACAUGGCUUCAGUCUCAACAGCAUGUACAGAAAAAUGGCCAAAGUUGAGAGUCCUAUUCUCCUUGUCAUCGAAGACACCGCAGGAAAUGUUUUCGGUGCUUUGACGUCAUGUUCACUCCACGUGAGCGAUCACUUCUACGGAACGGGCGAAUCCCUCCUGUUCAGGUUCACACCGAGGUUCCAAGCGUUCAAUUGGACCGGUGAUAAUCUGUAUUUCAUCAAGGGAAACAACGAAAGUUUGGUUAUCGGGGCCGGAGACGGAAAAUUCGGUCUGUGGUUGGACGGUGAUUUGUAUCAGGGUAGGACGCAAUCGUGCAGUACUUACGGCAACGAGCCAUUGGCACCGCACGAAGACUUUGUCGUUAAGACAUUGGAAUGUUGGGCAUUCAUAUAGGACACGGCCAUGUUCGGGCAGCCAAUGUCAACGUCGACACCACCGCCGACACCGCAGCCUAAUUUUACCUGAACUUAGGAUUCGCGCGGUUGUCAAUAGAUGAAGAAAGAGAUGAAAAAGAACGAAGCAACAACGAGAUAAAAUGAGACGAAGAAAUUGAGAGAAAAGGAACAAACGAACGGAAAAAGGAAUGUACUAUUUUCGAUCCCUUCCAGAGUCCCCCCGAGUAUCAGGAGAGAUCAGAGGAAGACUAAUAAUGGACGUUGAAAGAAGAGAGAUGAAAAUUAGCUGAUCGCAUCGCGCCCGUCUAUGAAGUUGAAAAAAAAAAAACAAUCGAAUUGCGUGAAUGAAUGUGUAUAAAACACUCCGGCGCUCGUAGAUAUUGAUGACAGUAGGUCCGAUAGCUUUGAUUACGCCUAGAAAGACACGAGAUUAAUUGGCAUUCUGGCGGGGGGCGGUUUACCAAACGAAUUUCAAAUAUUCGUCAAUUAAUGAGAUUGCUGCUGCAAGCAUGCGAGAAAAAAAGUGAUAUAGAGAAAGAGACAGAUAUAAUGAGCGAAAGCGAAAGAGCGAGAGAGAGAAUAAAAGUGAGUGAAAGGAAAAAUAGUUAAAUCAACAGCAAGAUCGGGGAUGCUGGAGAAAACUACACCUGCAACAUGAGUUGAGUUGGAGGCGUUUUUACAAAUGUAUCCGUCAUUCGUUUGGGCCUAGGAUUGUGUAUAACAAGGCUCGCCAUAGAUCUUGUUUCGUCAAUUCUCCCCCGCUCCCGUACCAUUAACUUCAUACCCCUUAAUUUUAAUAUCGUAUUUAUUUUAUUAUUUUAUAUAUUAUUACAUAUGAAUGUACGGACUCGCAGUUCUCGUCGAUUAUAUAGCGGACACGAUAAAAGAACGAUAAUUACGAAGAUUAUGAUGAUGAUGAUGAUGAUGAAAUUUUAAUCGAUUGUAUCCAUCAUUUUUGUUUUAUUUUUCUAAGUCGAUCGUAACUAUUCGCGUAUCAAUGUUAGCGAACGUAUUUGUUCGAAAAAAAGCACCUGUGAAAAGAGGGGAGGGAGGCUAAGAGACAUAACGAUUGUCGAGCGAUUGAAAAUAUCUUUUUUUCUGCAACGUCGCCAUCGUGAAUGUGUAUAGAAUACAUAAUAAUCUUCAACUCCCAAUAUUGAUGAUGAUGAUUAAGAGAAUCAACGAUAAAACGAGAUACGGAGUAAAUUCAAAGGCAUUGAGAGAAGCACACGUUAGUUGAUUUAUGAUAAAACAACAAACAAUAAACUAGACAAAAACCACAACAAACACCACCACCGACCACACGACGUUGCUAAUCAGUGAUGUACGAAAAACUAUAUCGAAAUAAUGAGAUAAGCAAUUUGAAAAAUCCAACCAAAUAACACAAUGCCACGAAACUGCUGAACAAAAAGUUAAAAUAAAAAUAAACAACAACAACAACAACAACAACAAACAAGUAACCGUUUCUUGAUGUGUAGAUAAUUGUAGAUAGUAAAUGUAAAUAUAUAUAUUACAACCGUGUUGAAAGAUUUGAAGAAAAAGAAAAAAAAUACCGAUGAAGAUGAAAGAAAAGGAGAAAAUAUGAUUAAUUUUAACGCUGCAUUGAGAUAACCUUGGCUAAACAACAUCAACAACAAGAAACAUAUACACACUUAUAGUAACAUCGUACAUGAUAUAUAAAUGUAUAACGCGUGUAUGUAUAUACAAAUAUAUAUAUAUAGUAUAUAUAUAUAUAGAGAGAGAGAGAAUAUGGAUAUGAAUAUAUUAUAUAUAUAUGUGUGUAUAAAUAUACCAAGGGGGAAAAAAAACUCCAGGGUGUGCGUGCCCCAAGAGAUGAAACCUCGACCAGUAUUUAGGAUCUGAAAAGCUAAAGUAGCGUGUAGAAGUCGUGCGAAACCGUACUCUCGAUUAAAUAAAAACGAAAAAAUAAUACGACAAGAAAAAAAACUGAUUAAUAAAUGGAUAAAACUAUAUCGAAUUGCGAGAAUAUUUGGAGAGGAAGAGAUAAUGAAUCGUAAGCCGAUUGCCCAUUGAGUUGAAUGAUACUAUGGAAAACAUAUGAAUAUAUAUAUAUUUAAACGAAAAAAAAAAACAAAAAAAUUAAAUGAAAAGAAAAUGAAAAGGUGAAAUGUAGUACAUUUACGAUCAGCCGACCACACAACGAACACGAGCACAGCCUGCGUGUGACAGACCCUUCCCAUCCUGAAUAAUCUCUCUCAUCCUCACACGCCGCUCCAUUUUCGAGCUCGAAGAAAUAAAAUAAUGAAAAAGAAGAAGAAACGAGUGGAAUAACGAAAUGAUUAUUCAGCGCUCGUUAUUUUGAUGCAUUGUAGAGAAAAAUGAUCUCGCCAGUCGUUUUUACCCUACGAUUAAAAUGUGCCUGCUCUUUGGUACUGUCGUGCUAUCGCGCUAUUAAUUAUUCUAUAAAUAUUUGUAUCCGAAUAUACGUGCCGAUAUGAAACGGCUAUCGCACAGUCGACUUAACUGUGAUUCGUAUGACUAAAACUCCCAUCCGAAAAUUUGAAAACUGCAAAAAUUCUGUCAUCAAAAUUGAUCUGCUUCGCUUUUUCUUUUCUUUCAAUGCCGAAACGCUCGCGGCUGACUUUCUCGAAAAUCAUUAAAUUCACACAUUUCUGCUAUAAAAAAAAAAUCUCUUUGCUGAAAUUUUGGAAAUGUUACAACCGAAAUGGCUCAUGUUUGAGUUUCUUUUUUUACACUUUUUUACAGUUUCGAUAUUUCCUUUUUGGAAUUUUUAAUAUCAAAUUCGCUAACUGAACGAUUCAUCCCGUCUCUCGUUUAUGAAUUUCAGUGUAUUUUAGUUUUUCUAAUAUAUUCCAGAAUUUUUCAUUACACCACUCGGAUCGCGGGCAAGUCCAUUCGCCGGAAAAUGUUUCCCUCGUGUUCGUCUAUACUAGCAUCGAAAAUGUUGAGGGAUAAACACCUACUCAUUGCUUGUGCGCGUUGAAAAAAGCUUUGUUAUAGCUUGUUCGAUGUUCUUCUCCGAGACCAAAAGCGAGAACGAUGAUUGAUUGAUGUUGGCUGAUACUCACGCCUCUCGGGAUGAUCAAAAACCCCACUAAAGACUCGAAUCCGUGGGAAAAAAGAUUUGAAUGACCAUGAUUGACAAAGUCGUGCAAUAUUCAUCAGCAAUCCGUUGCUUGGAUGACAGAUUCGAACGGGAUUUCAAUAAUUGCGACAAAUAUUUUACCCCCGUUAAACGAAAAUUCUUCGAUAGAUUGGCAAAAAGUUUUCUUGCCUCCGGUGAUUUUUUUUUCUAUUAAUUUAUCAAAAUAGAUACAAACGUACAUUUUUCAAGCUCUUUAAAUUCAGUUUCACGAUUCCGCGCUUACAUUUUCGUUUCAUUUCUGCUAACGAACGAGUCGACGAUACUUUCCUGCGGAAUAACAGACAUUUCUAAAUAUAUUUGACAAAGGAAGAAACUAACAUUUGUUGCUGGUGACAGGCGCGAAAAUAGUUUCGUCAGGCUAUGCCGAGGAUAUGAAAAAAAUGUCGCUUUUUUUGUUGUCGAAUCUCGAAGGUAAUUUGUAAAAGUUCAAAAAAACAUUAUGCAAAUAAAUGCAGGCCUAUGUCAUAGAAAUCGAACGAACGAUUGGAUCCGGGACGAUCUUCCAUAAUCGUAAACAUCUUCACAUAUCGUGAGAUUUUACGUGAGAGCCUUGAUAAUCACGCUAAUCGGACCUCUGAUCCAGUUUUUAGAGCAGACAAUUUUAGUUAUUUCUAAUAUUUAUGUUUUCUUCUUUUUUUUUUAAUUUUUUGUUCUAAAAUUAAAAAAAUAAAAUACUUUUAGAAAAAAUAAACAUUUUUGAGAAAGUGACGAACGCCCUGUGAAUGUGACAUAUAAAUUCUUUGAAAUUCUUAUGAAAACGAACAACUUGUAAUACAACAUAUCGAAUUCGAUUAUCAAUCCUGCAACACUAGAAAGACUUUUGGACUUUUUAAUGAUGCCUGGCUAACAAUUGUUGAAUCGUUGCAAAAAAAUGUGCUUCGCAGUGUUUUUCAUCACCUGUCACACCAAAUCCCUGCAUUCGUACGUGCUAUACAACCUGACUCCGGCUUCGAUUAUAUCGUCUUAAACGAAAUCGUAAAAAAAAUUGUAUAAAUUGACAUACAUUUAUUGUUACGACGCGCGCUAUUGCCAAUCAACAAAUACGGAGACGUGGGCGUAGCGCACAAAUAUUAUAAAUGGAGGAAGAGUUUGAAAAAGUAGCUCAUUCGUACACUAGACGUGGGAUCGAGGAGAUAAAAUAGUGCUUCGUAGAUUCUAGCUGUUUCGAUGAAUAUAUUUACCAAGUGUAUUGCCAUUACGAAGUGUAACAGCGUUAAACGAAAAUUUAGAGUUGUUCAGAGUCUAUAAAAAAAAGGAGGAAACUUAGAGGAAUAAAUGAGUUAUCUCUAGACGUAAUUUUGACGUAAUCUUGUGAUACCGAACAGAUCGGAGCUCCCAUAUUUCCAGCUGCGAUGACUUGUUGAUUUGACAGUUCGAAAAACUACCCGGUUUCGAGUAUUCUUCCUAUCGAGUCAAUAAGAAAUAGAAAAAAAAUACAAAUUUUUAACGAGCAUACUUUUCCUCAAGAAUAUCACACGCAGCACUGGAAUUGGGAGUUCAGCCUCGUAAUGGAAGUUCGAAAAAAAGAAAUUAAAAAAAAAAAAAUGUAAAAUACCACACAGAUGUGCUACUGCCUCUACGUAAAUGUAGGAGUAGUGAGUUGACGAUUUUUUUUUUAAAUAACUCUCAGAAUAGAAGCUGGAGCGGGUGGGGAAAAUCGUUAUUCACCAAAGAAAACUCGUGGAAAGGGAUCGCUGAUCAAAGCUUCGCGUCUUGCUUGAGAAAAUAAUAUAGAAACGAAAAAAUGUAAAGUUUAUGAACAUUGAGGUUGUGAGAAAAGUUCGAUGUUGAUUAUAUCGAGGAUCCUUUGUGAUAAACGCACGUGCAACUGAAUGUCCUAACACGAACAUAAAAUUAAAAGUUUCGAUUUAUGACGGGGGGUUGUUCCAUCAGCGUGAGCGUAAGUUUUUAAAUAACCAAUACCGUUCAAUUGCAUCCGUGAUCGAAUCAAUUCAGAGAUGAUGAAAAUGGUGAAAAAAAUUUUAGGCCAGCAGCGAGGAGUUAGGCUCGAUUGCACUGUGCUGCAGACUGGCGGCUUCUUAUUUGUGUGAAAAUUAAUAACGAAGCAAAGUCGUGUUCGAGGCAAAAUUAUAACACGAGCUUCUGAUACGGUUGAAUCGGUCAUCGGGUGGAAACAAAAUAAAAAUAAGCGAGCUUCUUUAUGUGACACUUCUUUUGUUCAACAGCGCGUACUAAUGAGACCGAUUCAUCCGGUAUUCAGCUGAAUUUGAGUCUCGUUCGUAUAUCUACGAAUUAAACGAUGUAAAUCUUAACCAAGUAGUUGCUCCAAUGGUCGUGUGCUAGUCAUUAUAAAGAAUAACACAUCCCGGGUGCGUUUCACUUAUCGCACGCACGCCCGCAAAGCCCGAAAGCGUAUCCACAUUAUCCACAGUGGCCGUGUUGGGCGUUGCGAUCGUAGCGCUCCGCGCGCGUAACGGGCAGUAAGUGAAACGCGCCUCUUCUUAUAUACAAAGCAAGGGAGAACUGAAGACACAACAACAAACGACGAUACAGGAUUAACAAAACAAACCAAACGAGCGAGUAAGUGAAGUGGACCUUUCGACCAUUAUGUCAAUUAGAUUCAGACUGACUGCAGGGAUUGAUUAAAAAACACUUUAUACAGACACACAUGAAAACACAUGAGAGGGUCAGACACAAAAAACUACUUUUUCUCUGUCCUGUGACUAUUGUGAAAAUUGUUUCGUCAACUUCGUCGUAUAUUCAUCGCCGUCUUCAUUCAUUGCCCAUUUCGUCUCGUCGUUGGGUCUGUUCCUUCAUUUUUUAAACGUAUUCGAGCCAGCCUUACCGAUUUUCUGGUGAGUGAAAUCGGUGGGAAAGAAAAAAAGUAUAUUGACAGUAAGCAUGAAGUGAAUUUUUCAAUUUCGCUGAAACGACUCUCCGUCGUCCCUCCAGAUUUUUAUUUCUUCACAACCACGACUUGACUCAAUGUGGUUAACGAAAAAAAAAAAUCACGCGUGAAAAAACUCUGCUCAUCAUUUUUAAAACAUCUUCACAAAAAACCUCACGCUAUUCCUUUGAAUUCCCGAAUAUCUUUUGAAUCAACUUAUCAUUACUUCAAAAUUGGCACGAAUUUACAGUGAAUGAGAGCGAAGGCACACAGAAUGAUGAAAACCAAAAGUGAGACAAAAUCAUAAAGACAUAAGAGAAAAACAACCAGGGUCAUAAAAGAGUAACUAUCAGUCAGGAUAUUUUACAUCGUCAAUCGAGUUAUAUAACCAAAACUAUGUACGUCCGGGACGAGAACGAAAGAGGAUGGUGCGGGAAAUACGAGUGCGAGAGAAAAAUAAUGUAAACAAACAAAAAACACAUGUUAGGUCCGGGCUUAAUAUAGGAGGCCAAUCAGUUGAUACUCCCGAUAGGAAAGAACAAAAUAUAAAAAAAGCUAUCUCUGGACCAAUGAUAAAUUUUACACUUCUAUAAAAAUGGUACGUCUCACUAAAACGCGAUGAAAUAAAAAAAAGAAAAAAAAAACAAACCAAAGAAUUCCUUGAACACGUCGCUCUAUAUCUCUGAAACCAAGGACACACAAACUGCGGGGUAUAAACACGUAUAUAAAUAAACGUAUACAAAUGUAUGAUAAAUAAUAUAUCGAGAAUAUAGAGCUGUACUGAACAAUGUAUCAUCGUUUGUAUAUUAGCAACAUAACUGUAUAUGUAAAAUUGUAUCGAAAAAAAUAGUGAUUGUAGCAAAUUCGAGGGUUGUUCAAUUUGCACAUAGCAUGGGGAAAGGAAAGGGAAGAUGAUGAGACGCUGUCCAAUAUUCUUCGACACUGUAAAAAUCGAAUAGGUUAGUUUUGGCAGUGAUACGAAGCUGAUAUGAAGAAGCCAAUAGUAAACACGAUGGACGAACUAAUAUUUUUCUGGUUACGUAUAGUGAUUAAGAAUCGAUGCUUGAUUAGAGUAAGGAGCACGAAGAAUUUGGUACGCUCUCGAAUCGCUGACGACUCCGAACAUUUUUCCCAUGCAGUUAUUCCUCGGGUAAAAAAUUUCAAUUGACAAAUACACACGUUGAAAGCAGGAAACAUAAAAUGAGAAUGCACGAAUAUGCUGCGAUGUUAUUUCAUGUCGAGACAAUUUUUUCUUUUUUUUACGGUUCCAAAUACAACCAAGUUAUUUUUAAUAAAUAUGUAUAUGUUGUGUAAAAAACGUGUGUGCAUAUUAAUGUGUGUAUAUAGUAUAUAAAAUAGUCGCACGUGUCGCACUAUACAUAUCCAUACCGUAGACGACCGAGAUUUGACCCUCGAUCGCCCUUGACGUUUGGUCCAGGAUUUGUUAUUUUACUAUUUUGUUUUCACCUCCGUAAUCAUAUAAAUUAACUUGAAAAGAUUUCAUCAGGAAUGAUAUUCGUUGAAACAAUCGUAGAACCGAAGAAACAGUAUGAAGAAUUGAGCAAGCAAAACGAUAUUCAAAACUCAAAAAAAGUCAAACUCCACAAACGUAUAGGAGAAAAAUGAGAAAGAAACUGCGGUAAAAAAAGGUCCUCGCAUCUGCCACGACAUCUAUGAGCAUUUUUGCCAACUGAUAUCGGCUCACUGUUGAUAGAAAUAUCGUGCGAAUCCAUUCGAAUUCACAAAUAAAGUUAUUUGGCGUUCGAGAAAUGAUGUCAAUAAUCGUGGACCAAAUGCCAGAGGGUCAGACGCCGAUCACAAAAGGAUAAAAUGCCUAGAAGUUAGAAAAAACAAAUCACAACUGUAUCCCCGAGUGUAUUAUUCGAAGAGUCAUUUUUAGAGGACAAAGUCGUUUUGAAUCGAAGCUUUGAUCGCACGUUGACGGACGCGACUUGUGAUUGAACGUGAUAAAACGACGAAAAAAUGCGCUUGCUAUUCUGGAAAAUUUCUUAUCGUAAACUUUGUGAAAGAUAAUGAAGAGAAAAUAAAUUUGUGAGAAGCGACGAGACACGUAACGAAAAUUUAUGUACAAAAUGAGAAACGGUGCGUGUACUAAUUUUUUGUUGUGUUUAACGAAGCCGUUAAACGUUGAUGCGAAAUCUAUAGCGAAGCAUCGCCUCGAUUUAGAUAUAUAUAAAUAACUGUCAAAUAAUUUAAAAAAAAAACAUAUAUAUAUAUGCUGAAAAGAAGAAAUAUAUACACAAACCUCAGUCAAUAUCGUUGGAGCUGAUUGUUUGCUCAUUGAACGAACAAUGCAUAGCGGUAAGCAUAUAAAUUAAAUGAAACAAAAAUCGAAUAUCCAGAAGCAAAAAAUAUGGCAGUACUGAUACGUUUUAUUUCGAUUUCCUUGAACAUAUAAAUAUUUUUUUUCUUUUGCUAUACAUUUCCUGCGAUGAUAAAUAAUCAAACUUGAUGUUCCAACGGCCGCAAAAACUGUUGAGCGUGUGCGCCAGACGUUGUUUUAACCUAAAAUAUAUUAAAGAUGAACAUGUGCACGCAGGCAUGUGUACAUAUAUAAAUAUCGAUAUAAAGAAAUAUAUAGAAAAAAAGAGAGCGAGCGAUCGUUGAGUGUAUAAUAAUUAUAUAAUACAAUACCGGAAAAUAUAUAGCCGAUAUCAGCUCUGUAAAUUGACACAUUGUGAAGAAGAAUAAGAAAAUUAAAAGAAUAAGAAAAGAAACAAUAUGAAACGGAAACCUUUAUUGUAACGGAUACUGGGAUAAGAGAUUAUGUACGACGCGUUGAAUUUGAUCGAGUACAAAUAAGCCAAAAUACAGAAGCAGGAAGCUUGUCGAAAUAAUUGUACCAAGAUACGUUCAGAUUGAUCGAACGGCGUAACAGACUGUAGAGAAUUUACGUUUUUUUUUUAACUUUCCGUUACACCCGUUUUUUGUUUAGCUCCCGAGUGAAGAGUGAAGCAUAUAGCAAGCUCCGAAUACGCGAGUCGCACUCGUCCACAUGUGUACAUACGUUAUUGAGGAUUGAUAUUAUCACAAAAAUGAUUCCAAUCGUGCGUUGUAAAAGUUUGGCAAAGUGACUAUUCAAUCGACGAGCGCUCUUCGUUCUCCAAACCGUCAAUUUAUUUUGGUGCAAUUUUUCGGCUUGCUCGCGCAUCAACCUCUUUUACUUCACUAUCGGAGGAUACUGCAGGUGGUCGCUCGUCCACUAAAAUAUGUUACGUUUAUGUACGCGUACACGAGUUUUCGGUUUACGUAGAAAAGUCGGAUUGUUAUUGACUGUAUACUCAACAAAGAAUGGGCCUGCUCACGCGUCGGGCGUACUACACAUACAGAUAUAUAUAUAUACACAUGUACACAUACCGGCGAAAGUGUAUAUUCAAUAAAAUACCAACCAUGUUGUGAAAA